AUGAAUAAAGCAACAUCGACAGACCAGUUCUUUCAGACUGAUGCUGAGCAGGCUAAGAGGGACAGGCGUGCGGCAAAAGCUGGUAACAAGAAUGGUAACCCUAUCGCUCUAAAAUCAAAGCUGUUGGCCGCCAUAUCCGAUCCCACCGACCCAUCCUCAGUUCUCAUUGCCGAGUCGGCCGGGUCAGUCCGUAGGGUCAAUGUUGAUACAGGGGAUACUAAGCAGGUAUUCAAAGGCCCAUCAGCACCAGUGACCUGUGUUGCUUUCGGUGGACCCGGCAAUAAUACACUCUUUGCUGGUUCCUGGGAUAAGAACGUAUGGUCUUGGGACCUAGCUUCAAAAGCACCUGGUCGCAAAUAUGAUGGCCACGCAGACUUCGUCAAGGCCGUUGUGACUGCCAAGGUUGGAGGAAAGGACGUCUUAAUCAGCGGUGGCGCGGAUAAGAAGAUCAUCGUAUGGGACCUUGAAACUGGAUCUCGACUCCAUGUAUUACAAGACCAGGCCGUGUCAAUGAUGGCCGUUCAGGACCUUGUUGUUGACCCAGUACAAUCGGGACCUGACGAAGUCAUACUUGUUAGUGCUAGCAGCGACCCUCAUAUCCGCAGAUGGCGUAUUCGGCUCGAUGGCUUCGAACAGAUUAAGGAAGCAUCGCCGGAUGAAUCUGGGGCGGUUCGUCAUACGAUAUUGGAACAUGAUACUACGGUGUACAAAGUGGUGUUUGAUUCCGAAAGCGAAGAGGUCGACCUAUGGACAUCAAGCGGCGACGGCACAGCAAAAUGUCUAUCGCGAUUUAAGGGAUUCACUACUGAUGAUUCAGUCCGCCACGGUGACCACGUACGGGCCGUUGCCGUAACAGAUCAAUGGAUAAUUACCGCCGGAAGGGACGAGGAUGUCAAAGUCUGGGAUCGCUCAUCCGGAAAAAUCUACAGUGUUCUUGAGGGUCACUACGACGAAGUUACCGACCUAGUUAUCCUCAACGGGGGCAAGAGAAUUGUUUCAGUGUCUAUCGACGGAACUGUGAGGACAUGGCCACUUAGCCGGGCCGAGCUCGACAAAAUCAAUAAAGAUAGAGAGGAAAAGGGGCUUAAAGCCGAGGCUCCAGCAGAGCCCGUAAAGGGAGUAAUGACAGCAGAGGAAGAAGCCGAACUUCUAGCGUUGAUGGAUGAAGAUGAUGAAUAA